ACUAGUAUUUAGAUUCCUACUCAAUCUGUUUUCCAACCUAUGAACACCAUGAUUCGAUUUCGAGCCAUCUCUGCGUCAAGCCAAUCAAAAUUCCUCUUCCUUCUACUCAGACCCAAAAAUCCCAUGGCCAAUUCUUCCUCUCUUGGCCUUUGUACCACAGCCACUUCGCAAUCUCCAUCCCCUUACGGUUAUGGUGAUGAUUCACUAAUUACCGAAGCUCUCCAACUCCUCCAAUCAUCGCAAGAUGAGUGGAGCAAGACUGACCAUCUCCGUUGCCUCAUCUCCUUGGAUUCUUCUUCUCCUCGACUUGCCAUUCAUAUCACUCGCCGCCUCUCCUCCUCCUCUCUCGCCAUCAGAUUGUUUGAUUAUCUGCACGAAGGUUCCCCUUCAUUGGACACGGCUCUGUUGUCUUCCAUCUUCCAAGCUGUUCUUGAACUCGCCAGCCGCGAACCCGAUGCUCAGACCAAGCUACCCGAGCUUGUCAAAAUCUCUAAAGAGCGUAAUCUGCCGCUUACUAUCAAUUCUGCCACGUUGCUCAUUCGCUACUUCCGGAGGUUCAAUAUGGUGGAUGAGUCGCUCGCUGUGUUCAAUGAACUCGACCCAUUUCUUAGAAACACCCACGUUCGCAAUUUGUUGAUUGAUUUGCUGCUGCAAUCGGGGCGGCUCCAUGAUGCGCUUCAUGUGCUUGAUGAAAUGCUCCAACCGGAAGGUGAGUGGAAGCCGAAUGAGAUUACUGUGGAAAUUGUUUUCUCUUCAUUGCUGAGGAGAGAAAGGUCAUGGGGGAGUAUGGGGGAGGAGGAGAUUGUUGAAUUAGCAUUGAAAUUUGGUGAAUAUGGCGUUUCCCCUAAUUCUGUAUGGAUCACAAAAUUGAUUACUGGGCUGAGUAGAAAUGGAAAGACUGCACGGGCUUGGGAUAUUUUGAAUGAAUUGAUGAACAUGGGCGCUGCAGUAGAAGUGGCAUCCUGCAAUGCACUUUUGAUAGCUCUAGAAAGGCAUAGUGAAUUUAAGAAAAUGAAUGCGUUAAUGGAAAAGAUGAAGGAAAUGGAUAUUCAGCCCAAUGUUGUUACUUUUGGGAUUCUUAUAAAUCAUUCGUGCAAAUAUAGGAGGGUCGACGAAGCGCUGGAGGUGUUUGAAAGGAUGAAUGGAGGGAAAGAGAGUGAUGCAAUUGCAGUUCAGCCUGAUGUGAUUAUUUACAAUACUUUGAUAGAUGGACUUUGUAAAGUCGGGAGGCAAGAGGAAGGAUUGGGUUUGGUGGAAAGAAUGAGAAGCCAAACCGGUUGUGCCCCUAAUACUGUUACUUAUAAUUGCUUGAUUGGUGGGUUUGCCAAAGCUGGAGAGAUUGACAAGGCACAUGAGUUGUUUGAUAAGAUGAACAAGGAAGGAGUUCCCCCAAAUGUAAUCACUCUCAAUACUCUAGUUGAUGGUAUGUGCAGACAUGGGAGAGUCACUGCUGCAGUUAAUUUCGUCAAUGAGAUGCAAAGCUUUGGUCUGAAAGGCAAUGCUAAUACUUAUACUGUGUUAAUCAAUGCCUUUUGUAAUGUCAAUAAUACUGCUAAGGCAUUAGAAUUGUUUGAUCAAAUGUUGGCAAAAGGAUGCCCUCCAGAUGCAAUUGUUUACUAUACACUAAUCUCUGGUUUGAGCCGAGCAGGAAGGUUAGAUGAUGCCAGCUCCAUUGCAUCAAGGGCAAAAGAGGCUGGCUAUGGCCUUGAUGUUGUUUGCUAUAAUACUCUGAUUGGAGGAUUUUGCAGGCAGAACAAGAUUGACAAAGCUUAUGAGCUGAUCAAGGAAAUGGAGGAACUUGGAGUGAAGCCCGACUCUGUCACAUAUAACACUUUGAUUUCCUUUUUCAGCAAAAAUGGUAGUUUCAAAACUGCCCAUAUAAUUUUGAAAAAGAUGACUAAAAGCGGCCUGGUACCUACUGUUGUUACAUACGGGGCUAUAAUUCAUUCGUAUUGCUUAAAUGGAAAAGUUGACGAAGCCAUGAAGAUUUUCAAAGAAAUGUGUUCUGCUUCAAAGGUUCCUACCAACACUGUUAUAUACAAUAUCCUUAUAGACUCGCUGUGUAAGAAUAAUGAUAUUGAGCAAGCUCUUUUCUUAAUGGAUGAGAUGAGAUGUAAAGGAGUGAGGCCGAAUGUCACCACAUAUAAUGCUGUAUUCAAAGGUCUUAAGGAGAACAAUUUGUUGGAGAAAGCAUUUGUAUUGAUGGAUAGAAUGAUUGAGCAGGCGUGUUGUCCCGAUUACAUAACCAUGGAAAUACUUACAGAGUGGUUGUCAUUAGUUGGUGAGACAGAUAAAUUGAGAGACUUUUUGCAAGGGUAUCAGAUUCAAACUUCUACUGCCUAAAGUAUCUUCAGCAAGUAGAGGAAAGGAUACACAGUCUUUCGGUAAACUGUGCUUGUAGGAUUCAGACUUGCAGCAUGGUUUUGAUGCCUGCAUUGAUUAAUUAUCUUCAGUUGUCAAUGUGGCAGAAAAAAUCCAAUCAUAUUGAUGUUGCAAUAUUUUUCUCCAUGCUUCUCUUUUUGGCAUUUAAGUUCUUUCAUAAUUUCUACUUUACUUUAUGAUUUAUCUCUUCUAUAAGAUGUCUACUUUUGGGGAUCAAUUCUUUAUAAUACAGAUGCCUUUGUUGUUGUUGAAUGAUGUGUAUUGGCCUUGACAAUUUCCCUAUCUA